CCCAGCCCGGGGGGGCCCUCUCGACUGAGGAAUCCCAGUCACGGAAAGCUGCUUGUCGAUGCAGGGGGAGCCCAAGAUCAGGCUUGCCCCACACAGCAGUAAGGCAGGAUGGGAUCUAAUGCAAUCCUAUCCUCACGUGUCCUGUCGCACACAUGUGGCCUGGCUGGAGACAUGACUCUGUGCUCCAUAUCCUGCGUUUAAGCAUCAGUAGAACUUACAAGAUGUGUAUUCCCAGACUGCUUAAAGCCUCUUACUACAGGUUCGUAGUGCUUUUCUUCAACUGCCUCUUGACCUUUGGCUCUUAUUUCUGCUUUGAUAUUCCCAGUGUCCUGCAAGAGCAAUUCCAAGGGAACCUAACUUGCCCCAAUGGAACCCAACAUAACGGCACUGGACAUAAUGGUACGUUGGACUGUGUGGAAGGCCUGGGGAUGACACCUGCACAGUACAACUUGCUGUAUGCAAUCUAUGCCUGGACUAAUGCAUUGGUGGUGGUUGUAGCUGGAUUCCUGAUUGACAAACUGGGAAAUCGCUUUGGCGUCUUUGUCUUCUCUCUUCUAACUGUCCUGGGAUCCUCCAUCUUUGCUCUGGGCUCUCACUUCAAGGGAACACCCUAUCUCUUGCCAAUGAUGCUGACAGGACGACUACUGUUUGGAUCUGGGAAUGGGUCACUUACCAUUGUGCAGAAUCGCAUCACGGCCUUCUGGUUUAAGGGGAAGGAACUGGCCUUGGCAUUUGGUUUGACCCUGUCUUUCUCUCGGCUGGGGAGUGUACUCAACUUCUUCUUCACCCAGCAGUUUGAGAGCCACUUUGGUAUCCAGUGGACACUCUGGGGAGGUACUUUGCUGUGUGCGCUUGGAUUUAUUUCGGCCAUCACAGUCAGCAUGCUGGACAAAGUGGGAAUGAAGCAGCUUGGAUUGGAUGGGGUUAUCCAGCAAGAGUCCAAAAAAGUGCGGGUUCAGGAUGUCCGUCGACUGCCACUUCGCUACUGGCUUCUGGUUCUCACCAUCAUGUUCUUUUACAAUGGGGUCUUCCCAUUUGUGGCAGAUGCCAGCAAGUUUAUCCAGGAUAAGUAUUCUGGCUACAGUCAGCAGGCAGCCGCUUACAUUGCUGGAGCAGUAUAUGACAGUUCUCUUGUUCUCUCUGCAGCAGUUGGCAUAUUAAUUGACUAUGUUGGAUUGAGAGGUGUGUUUGCAGUUGGCUGUGCUGUGCUGACUUUGCCAGUCUUUGCUCUCCUGGCAUUCACAUUUGUUCCUCCACUUGUCUCUACCAUAUGGCUGGGGAUCACUUACUCCUUUGCUGCUGCUAGUAUGUGGCCAUCCAUACCCCUUGUGGUACCCCAGGCCACUCUAGGAACAGCUAUGGGGCUUGCGACCUCUGUGCAGAUGAUUGGAAUUGGCCUCUCAAACUUGAUUGUUGGACACAUUCUGGGAACAAAGUCUAGUGAACUUAAGAUCCCACUGUGGCGCUGGCAGCAGAUGAUGAUUUUUAUGCUGGCAAACACCAUUGUAUGUAUUGUCACCUCUGUUAGCCUUAAUGUGGUGGACAGGAAGCAGGGGGGCACAUUGAACAGAACAACAAAACGAUCGCCUGUGGAACAUGAGGACCGGCAACCUGCAGAUGCAGCGCCAUUGCUCAGCGAUGAACCAGGAAAUGACGGGUCUGUCAACUAGGAAGUCUUGGUCAACCCCGAGUCUGAACACACACUACCAGAGCGCAAGAGCUGAUGACUGGUUGCUAGACACAGCAUCAGACUUUGCCAUUUGACAUUGUUUUUAAGCAGCACAUCUAAAAGUAUUUCAACAUUUUUUUAAGGGAAACUUUAAUUCUGCUUGAAGAUGGUGGAUGAAGGGAAUUAUUUACUUAUAGGGAACUAGCAGCUUCCCCUUCAUGUGGAACACAGGCAGAGCACGUUGGCCAUAUAGUGCUUAAGCAAGGAAGUGACCUCUUCCCAGGCAUAGAGGUCCAUGUGGUGCUUCUUUUUAAAAAUUAACUACACUGCAGUGAGUUAACUUAAUUCAUCUUAAUUUUGUUACAAGCUAGUAUUUCCACACUGCUUGUUAAUCUUAAAUUAAGGGAUGUCAAAUGCAUUUCACUGAACUUCCCUCUGUUCUUUCACAGCAAGCAUCUUGCAGCAGCAUUUGCUUACUAAAUGAGAUUAGCCUUCCAUUUCAGUAACUAGAAUGAUGCUGUGCUUCCUCCAACUAGGUAAGCUUACAAGUAAAACUGCCACUGCAUUAAGCAGAGUACAGCGAGUAACUAAAUCUCACUAUAAAUUGGCAAGGCCUGAUGGGGCGGAAAAUGGGCCAAAUUUUGAAUUGCCUUGCUACCUGAUACUCUCCCAAGCUGUGACUGCUCAGAUGCCCUCAAAAAGUAUGAAACUGAUCCAAGACAGUAAGUAAAAAUAUAUGUAACCUAAUCCUCUGAAUCAAAUGCUUCCACUAGUUAGUGCUAAUAUGUAUUGAUCUCUGGCUUCUAGAGCCGAGUAAAACUACCAGUCUUUCUGUGCAACCUCUUGAAUGUGAUGGGUUAACAAUGAAGUAAUAAUCACAUUUUUAAAAAGAGGAGAGAGCAAAUGAAGGAAAACAAUGCCAAAAGCAGAGGGUAGGGAAAGCCUUUGGGGAAUCAUUAAGCAGUGGCAGAAUACAAAUAUUUUGGAGUGAAACUAAUUUUUUGUAUAUGAGAACAGGUUGCAGUGACAAGUACAAUAAAGUAAUGUCUUCCUAA